AUGCUGAAAACCAAUCUCCGCUUCCGAGGUUCUGGGAGCAAAAGCAGGGUCCUGCCGUUGAUCCUUGUGAGCAGCACCUCCAGAGGGGAGGGGGAGGACCGCCUAAGCCACCCCUCAGGCCGCCCCUGGGCCAGCCCCCUGGGCCUACCCCCGCCCUCACCUUGUGAAGAACCAGAUCGUACCCUGCUCCCCAGGAGGCUUGCAAGAGCAUCUUGUCUUGUCCUUCCUCCUCCUGCUGUAGCAGGAGCCCCAGAAAAGACCUGCCCGAGUUCCACGUCUGGCCUCUUGUCAGUUUCUAUUGAUUAA